CAACGGCUAUAUUCCGCGACAACGGGAAGGGCAGGGGGGCGGCGGGAGGGCAGUUUCGGCAUUUAAUUACCUUGCUGGCCGCGUCGCCGCGCAGCCUCCGCAGCAAAUUGUUCCGUGUCGGCGACUCUCAUGACCAGAAACAGCUCGCAUUCCCAUUUUAUCCUUCAAGCUCCAUUCUAUUUUCAAAUUCUCCCAAUCUGUCACUCCCCUGCAACUGAGACAUUUCUUUCUCUCAUUCUUUUCUUUGUUUUCAUUUAUUAUUGUUUAAUUUCUGCAUGCAUUCGAUAAUAAUUGAUGGAACCAAACGCAGGUAAACCCAAUCCUUGGAAGAACACACUGAUACGAUCGCUCUGUUUCGCUGUCCUCGUCUCCAUCCUCCGAUUUGCUUACGUCGUCACCGUCAGAGGCGGAUCGUGUGACUCCGGCGACUUCUGCUUCUUCUCGGAACCCCUGAAACUCGCCGGCAGCAUCGCCCUUAUCCGCCCCUCCUCCGCCGUCUCCGGUGGCGACGACCCACUCCGCGAUCUCCAAACCUCCAAGAGAUAUCGCGCGACCGUCGAUUACUAUGCGUCCGUGUUCCAAGAUCUGAUCUCCGAGGGCUACCUCUCGCCCGACUCGAAAGCCCUGUGUGUGGGUACCCCGGCGGGCCAAGACGUCGUCGCUUUGAAGGAGAUCGGCGUUCGCGACUCUAUCGGAAUCUCCAAGAAAGCGUCCCCGCCGUUGGUCGUCUCUGGCCAUGCCUUCCGCCAGCCGUUCGACGAAAACACCUUCGAUUUCGAGUUUUCCGCAUUCGGCGCCCUGGACCGGUCGGCCCAACCGGUCGAUUUCGCAGCCGAGGUCGGAAGAACCCUAAAACCGGGAGGUUUCUUCGUCGCGCACACCGUCGCGGCCAAAGACGCUUACAGCUUCAAUUCUUUUCUCGAUCUGUUCAAUUGCUGCAGAUUGAUCCGCCGGCGCGACAUCGUCAAUCCGGAUCCAUCGGCGCCGGCGGUCCGAGAGAUCGUUAUGAAGAAAGAAAUUGCGAUUCUUGGUUCUUCCCCCCGCGCCAAACCGGUGAGCAAAUGCCAUGUUCCAGGGUACAAACGGGACAUAAUUCGGAAUGCAGAACAACUGUUUGAUGAAGAGCCUCUGAAACCUUGGAUCACAUUAAAGAGAAACAUAAAGAACAUUAAGUACCUCCCAUCAAUGGUUGAUAUAAAUUUCAAGCAAAGAUAUGUUUACAUCGACAUUGGAGCUCGAAACUACGGAUCAAGCAUUGGAAGUUGGUUCAAGAAACAAUACCCAAAACAAAACAAAACAUUUGAGGUCUAUGCAGUUGAGGCAGACAAGGCUUUUCAUGAAGAGUAUGCAUUGAAGAAAGGGGUCACUCUUCUUCCCUACGCAGCGUGGGUGAAGAAUGAGACAUUGUUCUUCGAAAUUAGGAGAGACCCGAGUCAGAAAUUGGAGGAGAAGGGAAGAAGAGGGAUGGGAAGGAUUCAGACGGUGCAGUCAUCGGCGAGUUUCAUUGGGGAUGUGGAUAAGAUUCAAGGGUUCGAUUUCGCAGUGUGGUUGAAGAGUGUGGUUUCGGAGAAGGACUUUGUGGUGGUGAAAAUGGAUGUGGAAGGGACUGAAUUCCAUUUGAUCCCGAGGUUGAUUGAGACGGGAGCGAUUUGCUUGAUAGAUGAGAUGUUUCUUGAGUGCCAUUACAAUAGAUGGCAGAGGUGCUGCCCUGGUAAGAGGAGUCCCAAGUAUCAGAAGACAUAUGCUCAAUGCUUGGACUUGUUUUCCUCUCUUAGAGAGAGGGGAGUUCUUGUGCAUCAAUGGUGGUGACUGACGGGUGAUUGCACAAGUAAAUUUUUCUGUAUAGAUUUUUUCAUUUUUUUUUUCUCAUUGAUGAUGCUAAUUGUGCUAUACUUGACAAAAGGAAAAAUGUUACUUCUUGUGGUGAAUAGGUUGUUGUAUUCUUUGAAUUCUUUUUGUUUGUAACAGGUGAAAAUGACGUGAUGAAUAAACUCAAUGACAAUUCUUUUCUGUA